GGAAAAGUCUCGAGCAAAAUAGAUAACUUCCAUGUCUCCUAAAUAUAUAUGUUGUUGCUAGCUAGCAAGAGGACAUGCACUCGAAGUCUCAAACUUUUAGUCUCCAGUCUCAUCGAAAUUUUUUUUUAGUCUGAAGUCCAAAAGCUGGAGAAGUUAACGCCAUAACAUUUUCAUCGACGACGAAUUAGAGGCAGCAUAAGAAACAAUAGAACGCGCGUUGUCCCAAUUUCGUUUCUCAUUGUCUCCAUCUCCAAGUUAAGCCCCUAACCAUACUUAAUUUGUCAUUACUUGUGAUUAGCUACUUCUUUUUAAUCUCUUCAAUCGCUAGCUGCUCUAACAUUCCCUUCUCACCGCUGCCAUUAUUCUUCUAUGUCAUGAUCUUAGCUUUCAACUCCUAAGCAUGGACUCGGACCCACCGUUUCACAAGGCCUACAAGACUUUUUUCGACAACGCCAGCACCAGCACCGCCACUACCAACAACAACAACAAUAACAAAGACAACAAAGACCAGGAAGCGAUAAAGGUAAUCGUCGAGGAAUGCGAGCUGCCGCUGAUUGAUCUGCGGCGGCUAGAGCUCGGAGACUCCGAGGGAGAGGAGUGCAAGUCGGAGAUAGCUAGGGCAUCGCAGGAGUGGGGAUUUUUUCAGGUUGUGAACCAUGGGAUUUCAAGCGAGCUUUUGCAGAAGAUGAAGAGUGAGCAAGAAAAGGUAUUCCAGCAAUCGUUUGACAAGAAGAGCCAAGAACACAAGUACUUGAACUUUUCGGCAGGUACUUACCGUUGGGGAAGUCCUACGGCCACAAGCCUGAGACAGUUAUCAUGGUCUGAAGCUUUUCACAUUCCACUCAACAAGAUUUUUGCUUCCUCGGCUGCUGGUCUCGACGAUCUCAGCUCAACGAUGGAACAGUUUGCCACAACAGUUUCUAGUCUAGCACUGAAAUUAGCUGAAAUUUUGGCCGAGAAAUUGGAUCACAAAUCGACAUUCUUCCACGAAAAUUGUUUACCGAGCACUUGCUAUCUUCGGAUGAACCGAUAUCCACCAUGUCCAAUUCCUUCAGAGGUAUUUGGAUUGAUGCCACACACUGACAGUGACUUUCUCACUAUAUUGCAUCAAGACCAGGUUGGGGGAUUGCAAUUGGUCAAAGAUGAUCGAUGGAUCGCAGUGAAGCCUAAUCCAGAAGCUCUAAUCAUCAACAUUGGGGAUUUAUUUCAGGCAUGGAGCAACAAUGUCUACAAGAGUGUUCAGCAUCGAGUUGUCACAAAUUUGCAAGUUGAACGAUUCUCCACUGCAUACUUCUUUUGUCCAUCUUAUGAAACCAUGAUAGAGAGUUGUUGCGAGCCUUCGGUUUAUAGAAAAUUCAGCUUUGGGGAAUAUCGACACCAAGUCCAAGAGGAUGUUAAACAAUUGGGUUCUAAAGUAGGCCUUCCUAGGUUUCUUGUCUAAUUAGUUUAUAAGUCCUAGGCACAAACAUGAAUUUUGCUAGUAUAAUUAGGAUAAAUCUAUAUGUAUGUGGGAAAUGGAAGCGGGGUACGUACGUAUAGAUAUUAUACUAUUUUAAGCUUAGGGUUUAUGUUAGAAAACGAAGGGUGAUAAUAGUUUGUGUUUUUUUUUUGGUUGCUAUAUCGUAGCUUCUUUAAUUAGUCAAUGUAUUGUAAUCAACUACUGUACAAUUAAGAUUUUGUUUGAUAAUGAUUCCUUUGGAUUUAUAAAAGUUUUGUCAUCUCAUUUUA